AUGUCAGCACAUGCAAGCCACAGAGUGUGGCACAAGGCGCAGUGCACAGCAUAUUCCAGACACAGUUCAUGCCACAGCAUGCCACAAGGUUCAGCACAUCAUAAGGCACAGUACAUCAAAAGGCACAGUACAUCACAAGGCACAGCACAUCACAAGGCACAGCACAUCACAAGGCACAGCCCAUCACAAGGCACAGCACAUCACAAGGCACAGCACAUCACAAGGCACAGCACAUCACAAGGCACAGCACAUCACAAGGCACAGUACAUCAAAAGGCACAGCACAUCACAAGGCACAGCACAUCACAAGGCACAGCACAUCACAAGGCACAGCACAUCACAAGGCACAGCACAUCACAAGGCACAGCACAGCACAAGGGUCAGCACAUCACAAGGCACAGCACAGCACAUGGCACAGCACACGGCACAGCACAGGGCACAGUACAAGGCACAGCACAGUACAAGGCACAGCACAUCACAAGGGUCAGCACAUCACAAGGUACAGCACAAGGUACAGCACAAGGCACAGCACAAGGCACAGCACAAGGCACAGCACAAGGCACAGCACACACUAGGCACAGCACAAGGCACAGCACACACAAGGCACAGCACAAGGCACAACACACACUAG